GUAAGACAAACAACAUGUUUUCCGAAUUACGAAAAAGUCUGUUGUCUGUUGUUGACGUUAGUUGUAAAACAAAAAUCACAAACUUUUCUCAUCAAAUAGAAUCUGUACGACAAAAAGACCAACUGUUAAUUGGACAUAACCAAAGGUCAGAGAUCAGAGUGAAAACUACUUUUACACCAUUUACGCAACUUAAUUAGCACUUGUGUCACAUUUAUUUCGAAUUUUCUACGAAUUGGCUACACAACUUUGCUUUAUUAUCACGUCAAAACGUUAAAACGUAACCGAAACAAAAAGAAGAAAAUGGUCCAGUUUCAACUGGUUUUUAACAACCUUUUUCUCGAAGAUAUUAAAGAUGAAGAAGUUGAUGCUGCAGAAAUAUGUUCUGCAGUAUCAACUCACAAGACACCUAAUCCAGACAUGGAAGAAGAUGACGAUGACGAUGAAAUUCCUCCCGAGAAGGAAAAGACAUCCAUCGCUAUUGCCUUUGACAAGGGCACAAUUUCCCAUCCACACCCAAGUUUGAGAUCCAAUCCUAAAAUCCAGGUGUGUAUGAAAGGUGCAAUUCUACUUUCCCUUAAACUUGGCGAAUACCCGAAAAUGGCUUCCUACGAUGGCUCCAAAUUGGACGCAAUCUUGAAAAAUAUGGCGUUGGAGUACUUUGUCGUAGAAAAUGAGUCCUCUUUGAGACAUCUUUCCCUUUAUCCGUCAAGCCAGUUUUUCAUCGUGGCUCCAACCCUGCAACCCUGGAGUAAAAAGUCUGAGCUCUUCAUUAAAGUUGCCUUCGUCUUUUGGAACAUGGAAGAAUUUUUCUCCAGAGCUUUGUCCACCUCAAUGCCUCUCUUGAUAAAGGAACACUACACGGAUUUCUCCCGCUUCAUAGUCAACAUCUUCACAGGGCUUUACCGCAAUACGGAAGCCAUCCCGAAUACGGACAUUCCAUCGUUGAACAACAUGCUAAAAGCCUGGUUCAACAUUUACACCGAUCUUAAAACACAGGUUGCCGGUUAUGAGAAAUAUCACCACACCGUCCUCAACGAGCUGCUUAAUUGGAUCGGUAACUAUAAAAUUUCCGCGCUGUACAUGGGCGCCGAAUGGGAGCCAACGAACCAGCCGUACGCCCUGGUGAAGAGGUUGGGUGGGCGGAAAGUCAUCCUGGAGCUGUACCAACUGCUUUCUGCCACCUAUGUCGACGACUACAUAAGAGAUCACCCGCUCUUUAAAAUGUUCCGAGAAUCUGCCGACCUGAUCUGCAAUUUAGUUUAUGACGUUGUCAAUUUGACAAGGGUCGCCGAGGGGAGAAAGUUUUGUAGGAAUGCGUUGCUCUCGGAGAUUUUGAAGGGGGAGCAGUUAUUCGAAACGGCUCUAGAGAAACACCUGCUAGUUAUAAAUAACGAGAUUUUGGACUUGCAAAAGGCUGCGAAAGGAUUAGCACAAGAAUUUCAGGGUGUCGAAUGUGUCGAGAAGUAUGUGCGAAAUACGAUGUUUCAUUGUGAUGGGAUGAUUCGCUACUUAUUAUCGCAAGAUAGGUAUGGCAAGUGUGAUUUUAAAGUUAUGAAAGUUGUGAGCAUUUCACAGGCAAGAUUUUGAACGGAAAUGUAUACACAAGAGCAGCGUCUCAUAAAUAUAAGGAUGGAGAAAUCCAGGUGGAUAGUUUUCAGACAAGUUGUGUAUGUAUGUACACUGUUUAUGACAGUUGUGACAGGAAAGACUAACUAAUCCUAAGAGCAGACUUCUAACAAUAAUAAAUACUAACUACUUCCGAUUAUAAUGAUUUGUAUGUACAGAUUUGUGUAGCAAUUUCCCCUGACUCACCACUGAUCGUACCACUGAUCGGCCUUGAUUUUAGCAAAUGAGGAAGCUACACGGGUAACCUUCGACUUUACAUACGUAUUGUAUUUUAAUUGAGCAAUUUCCCCAUUGACUAUUACAUACAUUGUAUUAUACGUAUGGUAAAAUUAUUUAUAGACAAAAUUUCCCAGAAAGUUGCGACUCAACUCUAGUAAUAAGAGAUUAAUUGAACAAAACUUUAUCUAUGCAUGUCUACUUGCGCAAGAGAAAUGUGAGACGUUCAAAUUAUUUCCGACAAGUUGUUAUCUCCUGGUAGAGAAGCUAGCUGGCUACAUAGGUACGUGCAAAUGACAUACAAUAAAGUUUUAAUGGAUUUACACAAUUCUGGUAAUUUUGUAAAAACUCAACUUCACAGGAAAUAAAGUACUAUCUUCUUA